UAAAACAAAAAUAAAAUAAUAACAAAAAAAUAAUUUUUAUGCGCCAAGCGCUGAACAACCUCUACUUUAAUAUAUUAUUUAAAUUAUUAUGUUGAAAUUAAUAUUGGUUAUGUGUACGCCAAUUUAAAAUAACACUUUUUCUCCAAAAAAAAAAGAAAAAUAUUUUUGAUUACUAACAAACAAUUUUUGUGAAUACAUAUAACUUUUUUAAAAAUUUGUGAGUAAUUUAUUUCAAUUUUUUUAAAUAAUAUAGAAGAGAUAUUUUUAAUUCCCUAAAAAUAUACAAAGUAAUUUUCUGUUUUAUUUACUGUUGAAUAAAACAUGCGUUACACAAGUUUCCCAUCCCGAUUAAGAAUUAAAUGUUUUUCCUUUUUCUUUUUGGCCCUCCAAAUCAAUCUUUUUCACUUUGAGCUCUCUAAUUUUGUAAAAGUUUCAAAUCCAACCCCUCUCGUAAAAAAAUUACAUAUUAAGCAAAUUAACCUCCAACAAUCAAAACCCUCACUUAUUACAGAGAUUUCGUUUUCCCCGGAGCGAACGAGCGAGAGGAGAACGAAAAGUUUCAAACUUUCGCGUCUCUGUUUCUGCGAAAUCAACGAUAAAGCUUCAAACUUUAUCGUCUGGCCGUUUGGUUUCUUCGUCGUAGUACAUGCACCAUGCUGCUUUACGUGAACCCAUAAAGAAAAGAAAAGAAAAAAACGAAUCUUUUGUAUCCGAGAUUCAUAUGGUAAUGGAGAAGAAGAUGACUGUUUUGAAGGCGAAGAGGCAGGACAUGAAGGCAUGCUUCUCUUGUCCUAUCUGUAACAAUCUCUACGACCGUGCCACCACCAUCUCCGAGUGCCUCCACACAUUUUGCAAAAGAUGCAUAGAAGAAAAGUUGGUAGUAGAGAAUCUGAAAGCUUGUCCUGUCUGCAAUGUUGAUCUUGGUGUUGCUCCUCUUGAUAAACUCAGGUCGGAUAACAUGUGGGAUGAGUUGAGGCUAAAGGUCUUCAAACAAAAGCCAAAAAGCGUAAAGGCAGCAGCAGCCAUUGAAACUGCUUCAGCAUCUUUGACAUACUCCAGAAAGAAGAAGACGGCUACUUCACCUAGAGCAUCAACCUCACCUGAGCCAGCUCCAUUGGAAAGUGAGAAGCUUGAGGAGGAAAUGGAAGCUGUUUCUCUGAACCAAAGCUCGAGCGCACUAGUUUCGAAUUUUAGGAGGCGUGUAAGGAAAAACCUGGCGCCUAAAAGGAAUGAGAACCCACUGGAACCGGAACAGCUUCAUGUGGAAAGCGAGAAUGGUUUUGAAAUUGUUCUCAACAUUGAACAAGACAAUGAUUUGGCUGGAGCAUUGACAUCUAAUGGAUGUAUACAAAAGGUUCCAGCUUCAUCUGAUGAUCUUGGCAAGUCCUUGAGUAAUGGUAAGGAGAGUAACGGUACCGCACUGAAUGUUGAGACUGUGAUAACUACAAAUGGCAAAGAAGAUCAAGGCCAUGGAUCUAGUUCUGGUGGCAAUACAGAGGAAGUCCCUGUUCAAGCAAAUAUAAACAAUGUCCUGUUAAGCUCUGGUGAGAAGCAGAAGAACAAUGGUCAAGAAAAGCAAGAAAAUGGCUCUACUGGGAAGAUCUCUGGUAAGAAGGGGAAAGGAAAAGCUUCUUCUCCUCGGGUUUUGAGACCUCGAAAGCAGGGGAAUAUGAGUUCAGAUGGUGCAUCAGAAGCAGCCAUUUCUAAAGAAGCAGAAAAAAAAGCUGAAGGAAGUAACAAGAAAGUUUGGCUUUCACUAAUAGCUGCAGCGAAUCAGAAGACAGAGAGGCCACUACUGCCACAAAUCUCCAAUCCAUACAUACGAACAGAUGGAAACUUACCUGUCUCAUAUGUCAAGAAGUAUCUAGCGUAUAAGCUUGGUCUCCAAAGCGAAGACCAAGUGGAGAUAUGGCUAAGGCAAGAGCCUGUGUGUUCGACGCAGAAGCUGCAUAACUUGGUGGAUUGGUGGGUCCAGUCUACUCCAGUUUCUGAGAGAAAAAGCGCCAUGGUUGGGAACUCUGGUGCUGAAUUUGUCAUGGUUCUACACUACAGUGGCUCUCACUUUGAAUAGCUCUUCUCACAUCCAAUCAUCAAAUCAUUUUCUUCUUUUUUAAACUCUUUCUUGUGAAAGAAGAAAGCAUGAAUAAAAAGACUGCCUAGAGUUUGCAUCUUUCUUUAUUUAGUCAUUUGUUGAGGAUAAAUAUGGGAACUUUGCUUUUGCUUUGAUUUGCUUGCGAGGGGUGACUGGGUGAGAAAACGGUAUCGUUUUCUGACAGAGGCACAUUGUAGCCAGCCAGUCUCCCUUUUAAUGUAAUAAAGAUGCGCCGAUUUUGUUCCUUAUUUGGUUUAGUUAACACCUGGUUCUUUUGACUGGGUCGGGUUUUACAUUCUAAAUAGCGGUCUACACACCUUUCGCGGGAAAACGGCUUAUUCAUAUCCGCACUAUAAAGCCAGAGAAAAUACAUACCCAAACAAUAUUAACGUGCCAAAACAUUCACAAACUAAAUAAUAAUUUGAAUUGCAUACCUAAACUCAUAAUAAAUAGAUAAAACAUGUCUCGUAACUGACACAUGUCAGUCCAUUUUAAAAUGUAUUGAUUUAUUUUUUUAAAUUAUUAUCUUUUAAUUUUUGUCAUUUUAUUUGUUUGUAAAGUACCACAAAUAAUUAAAAUCAUCAAAUUGGCCUUAUUUAUAAUUUCAAAAUUGGAAAUAAAUUUUAAUAUAUGGUGAUAUAUAAAUUGGAAAUAUUUUUUAUCAAAUAAAAUAGAUUUAAUAAUGUAAAUAUAUUAUUAUUAUUUCAUAUUGAAAUAUUUGAUACAAAAAAUUUAAAUAAAUAGAAAACAACAUAAAAACAAUAUCAUAAUUUAAAGCCUAAUUUAAUCUCACUAGUUCUUAAAGUUUAUAAAAUAUUUUUUAUAUUUUCUUAGGUUAUUUUAGUUGCAAAUCUUAUUAUGUGCUUGCGUGAUAUAUAUAAUAUAAAUAAAAUUAAAAAUAUGUAAUUUUUGUUUGUAGUUAUCAAAACCAAUAUUAAUUACACUAGGCAUAAUGUGUGCGCUUGACCCUAACCUAGCGCCGAAUCAAUUAUUUGGUAAUUAUACGAGAAUUAAUCGGGAAAUAGUUUUGUAAACUUUUUGUGUAUUAUUAAUAUUACAUACUAGUUUUGUAGCAAAAUAAAAAUAAUGUAAUAUGGUCUAGUGGUUUUGUGCGAUAUUUGUUUUCUUGAGAUGCUGCGUUCGAAACUAUUUUUGGUUAAAUAGCCAUUCUUUUCUUUUUAUUAAGUAAGGGUAAUAUUAUUAAAGAUCUCUACUGUAAAAUCAAAUUUCUAAAGAGUAUUUUUAGUUAUGUUGAUUAAAAUUUGAAUGAC